AUGACUCCUAAUGGUGUCACAAUUAUUUUGCCAUUUAAUGAAAUUGGAUGCUUAUUAAAAGCAACUCAACGUAUAAGGAAAGUAAGUCACAAGCCGUUACCAUCAUUAAGGGCAAUUUGUAAUCUUAAUUAUUGUGCCAUUGAGUUUCACCACUCACCCUUGAUUUUGUGCGUCCACGUGCUCGCCCACGUCUCGAAUAGACGUCAUUUAUCAACAGCAAGAAUAACAGAGCAAACAUAA